AUGUUGCAUUUCGCCGAUGAGCGCUGGAGCGCCUCAGUUCUCCUGCUGCUCCUCUUGAGCACCGCACAUGGCAGCAAGUUACCACCAAAAGCUCAACAAAUCCCUUCCUGUAACGAAAGGCCUCAAAUGCAGAAUUUCGACUCAAUUGGAGCUUGGUUCGAUGAUGUCGCAACCCUAAAUUGUACCUCCAUCUCUCAAGCCCCCAAUGCUUCCAUCGCCAUUGUCGGAGGUGGUGUUUCUGGGCUCACCGCCGCUCUCAUGCUAGACAGCAUAGGUCUUCACAACUGGGAGAUCCUCGAAGCUAGCGAUAGAGUCGGCGGCCGCUUCAGAACCAAGUUUGUUGGUGGUACACAGGAGUUUGCUGAGAUGGGCCCGAUGAGAUUGCCGUAUACUGUUACGUAUAAGAGUGAUAACUCUACACAUGAGUAUACGGAGCAUCGCCUGACUUUCCAAUUGGCCGAAACUCUCAAUUCGAUGAAUUAUAAUGACUCAAAGUGGAAAAUCGACCUUAUCCCUUGGAUCCAACAUCAUCCUAAUGAGCUUAUUGCUUGGGGAACCGGCCGCCAUCCUGAUGGCAGCAUCCCAACGAGAACAGACAUUCUCGCAAACUCAAGCCUCGCCAAACCGCCCGCUAUGGUAUCAACCGAGUACAACGAAACCAAGCACCGCAUGAAUGAUAUCCUGAAGAACGAAACUAUGCUGAAAGCCAUUCAAGCCGAUGUCUGGCGCUCGCACAAGCUCGUCAUGAGCCAGGGCUACGAUGACUGGAGUGAACAAUGCAUGAUGAGGGAAGCCUUCCGUGCCAGUGAGAAUGUCACCGAUGCUAUUUGGACUGCAACGGAUUAUGAUGUCUUCUGGGAUGAGAUGGUGCACAACUCAAAUCUCGCGUUAGAUGGGACGAAAGACUCACUGGGCGAGACGGAGUGGAAGUGCGUUGACGGGGGCUUCAAUCGACUCACUGAUGCUUUCAUCCCUCACGUUUCCGAUCGUCUGGUUCUAAAUCGCAAGAUCAGAAAGCUUGAGUCUAUCAAGGACGAAAAUGGCCAAGCUCGAACAAGACUUUCAUGGUACCCCAGCGUCAAGAACCGGACCUUUGAGUCCAAAGACUACGACUACACCAUCAUGGCAGUCCCCUUCACAAUGACCCGCUUCAUGGACCUCCCCUCAUUCUCAUCCGUCCUCGGCCGCGCAAUCAGCGAAGCAGGCCUACGCUUCAAAUCGGCCUGCAAAGUCUCCCUCCUCUUCUCCGAGCGUUUCUGGGAGAAAGGUGAGCGCCCUAUCUUUGGUGGCUACUCUAUUCCUGAGAGUAGGCCCAUCGGCGCAUUAUACUAUCCUGUCUACGGACUGAACGAGUCCCGACCUGGGCUGAUUACACACUACCGCGGUGGAGACUGGAGUGAUCGCUACGUCAGCUUUUCUGAUGAAGAGCAUGUCCAGACAGUUCUCGACGCAAUCGUUAGUCUUCAUGGGGAGCAAGCGCGAGAGCUUUACACCGGCGAUUAUGAGAGGUUAUGCUGGUUACAAGAUGAACACACUGCGACAUCGUGGUGUCGUCCUGAUGUUGAGCAGCAUAAUCUGUACAUACCAGCAUAUCACCGAACGGAACACAACACCAUCUUCAUUGGAGAGCAUACGGCCCCGACGCAGGCUUGGAUUAGCUCAGCUAUAUACUCCGCUGCUAGGGGGACAAUUCAGCUGUUGCUAGAGCUGGGAAUGGUAGAAGAGGCGAAGGAGAUCAAUCGACGUUGGAUGGGUAGAUGGAUUAGACACGAGACCAAACCGUCACUUGAGUAA